AUGAACCCUCGCGUGCCUCCAUCCUGUCUCCAUCGAAUGACCUCAGUUACCUCCGCCUCCGCCACCGCUGCCACCCCUAGCCAUCCCAGAGGGGGAUAUCGAGCGGCCUCGGUACAACCCUGCGCCUCUUCUACCUGCUCUUCUGCCUCCUCCGCCUCGUCCGCCUCGUCGGGCGCGUCCUCGUGCAGCUCCUGUGCUGCUGCCGUCUCCUCUGUAAGCAGUGGCACCAGCAGCUGCGAUCGAUCUCCUGUUGAACUGCUCGUCAAUUGGUUGCUCUCAGCGGGAUUCUCUGACUCUUCUCCGCUAAUCGCUUUGCGGCUUAUUCCAACUUCCAGUUACACCCCGUGCCUAGUUGCUGCGGGCUACGAUUUGAGCACGCUGCGACGCGCCACGCCAGAGGACUUGAACGCUUGUGGAGUGACAAAUCCCAGAGACCGACAACAGCUGCGAGCACGUCUGAGUAGACUACAGCUUCCUGAAAACCUACCUGAUCAUAUCCCGUCCUGCGUAUUUGAGUGGUUGUCGAUACUCAAUCUGACUAGUUAUUGGCCAGCCUUCCAGACGCAAGGACUAACCACUUUCGAGAAGGUUGCCGUCCUGACGUGGGAGGACCUUGAAGAAAUUGGCAUCAUGAAAUUGGGUGAGUCUUCAGGCUUUUUAGCCAAUCAAAUGUGGCUGGCCUGUCUUCUGAUUGGUCACCAGAAGAAAUUAGUCCUGGCCAUUGAGCGUCUUCGAAGAGCACUGUCAAAACGCAAUGAAGACCAGUCAGUAGGAACUGAUUCUCUCACCCGAAUUCGCCAGUCACAGCAACAGCAACAUCUACUUUCUUCUCCAAGCCAUCUAGCUGCACAACCGCUGUCAAUAGAGGAAGAGCAGGAGGCGACGAUGACAGGAAAUCUUGCAGAUCUCACGCCACCACCCCCGCCGGGAUUUCAAGAUCCUCCUCACGUCGUGGGAAAGGGUUCUCUCGACUUCUCACCACCUAGUAUCAUCAACCCGGGCUCACCCGAGCCCAGACGGAUGAGUCACCAUCGGCACCAUUUCUCGACCAGCUUUCUCACUGAUGUUGGACGAUUGGGUUCAAAUGCUACCUCCAGUGUCGGCGACCCCGGGGGCGAGGGGAGCACAAAAUCGGACCCCCUGCCAAGGGUAGGGACAUGUGAAGGAGAGGGAGAGGCGGAAGCGGAAGGAGGGAUGACAAGUGAAGGAAAGAACUCAAAGGGUCAUCAAAGAGGGGCUCAACAAGGAUAUGCGGAGAGCUUUCUGUCCGUCAGGCAGCGGCAUCGAAAUGCUGCGGCAGCUGCAAUCACCAUUCCUGUUUCCGUCGCCAAUCAGAUGAUUCCUCCUCCUACAAGUGGAUCAGCGAUGGACAAGGACCUACAGGACAUGCAAGACAUUCGAUCAAUGCUGGAUAAGCUGAGCGAACACCUGGUGCCCCGUGGAUCACCCUGA